CCCUGCGCCCAUGUGCUGGCUGUUCCAGUAUGGGCUUGCCUUACAGACUGCGGCAAGGUAACUUCAACCUCAGGCUUGGCCUCUCGUCGAAUUCUAUCACCUUUCCUUAGUUAGGUACCUUAGGUACUGCGUACGGAUACUGCGUAAGGUAAGGCCCCACUUCCUCCCACAUCUUCCGCCAAGCGUCUCUCUAACUCUCUCACUUUUGGCUCCAGCUUCUGCUUCCAGACUCUGCUUCCAGCGGGCGGUUGACCGUCUAUCGACAUUGGGAUCGGUUGAUUGAAGCCAGGUUUCCCCCCUCUUUCCCGGCAUCCAUUCCUGGACCCUGCACCUAGUCACCUAGUACCUAGAAGGAGUGGGAUUUCGGUGACAUUCGACUCUUGCUCUACAUAGUAGUGAACCACCACCCACUGCCACCAGUGAGCGCCGUUCCGCAAGCCUGCAGACGCGAUUCGUCAUCUAACAAACUUCGCCGUCCUCUCUAUCUCUGGACUAUCGAGCGGCCCGCGAACCCCUUGUAUUUCGUUUUUCGUUUUUCCCUCGCAGCCUCUUCUCUCUCCCUUGGACCACGGAAGACACUUGUCUCUUCUUCUUGCUGCUGCUUACUGCACUGCACCUCAACUCCAAGACCAACCGCACCGGCCGAGUCUCGAGUCCCUGAGAAUUCCUCGCCAGCGCCCUUGGAAAGCUGAAUCACUACCAAGAGUUCCGCCUGUCCACAACGUCCACAACACACGAAACCAAGUCCAUAUUGGCAUUCAGUCUCGGCGGUUUCAACACGUGGUCGACAUGACGCGCCUCUAACCAGCAACUUCCAGUCAAGUCAGAGAAUUUCCGAACUUCCAGCUUCCGAUUGCCUCGAUUUUGUUUUUACAACCGAUUCUAAUUCAUCACUGCGACACCGUCCCUGACGCCGUCCCAUUCUCUCGUUUGCGCCCUGCUCUUGCUGCGCCGUUCCUGGACGUUCACAUUUUCAGCGAUAUGGGGGCCACGAACGGUUCUUCCGGCGUCUUCGCCAUCACAAAGACCCGACUUUUGCUAGUUGCGUCGCUGGCCAUCACAUGGUGGUUUGCUCAUCUCCUACCGAGCUACAAGCCUAUGAUCAAGGCAGAGUUCAAGUCGAGAUUGGAUGAGGCCCGCCAGAAGAUGCCCAAGAUCAAGGUUGACUGGAAACCCGACCUGAGCAAAGACCCGAGAUCCAACUACAAUGCAUCCAAAUUAGCAUUGAUUAUCGAGCCGCGCCCUAUCCCGCAUCUCGUACCCCAGCUAUUGCACAUGACCUCAGUCGUGCCUCCCGAUUGGAGGUUUCUAUUCAUUGGCUCCAACAAAAGCGUUGUCAGCGUCGCCCGAAGCUACGGCAUCAAGCACCAGCAGGUUAUCGGGAAGCUCGACUUGAUGGUCCUCCCUGAGCCGUGGGAGAUUGACACCAAGGAACACGUCUUUCGCCUGUUAACCGACAUUCGCUUUUACGAAGAAUUCCUGCCCGGUGUGGAAUGGAUCCUCAAGUUCGAAUCCGACAGUAUCCUCUGCUCCAACUCACCGACCAGUCUCAACGAGUGGCUCGACUGGAGUUGGGCUGGCGCGCCCAAGUAGGUUUCUCGAAAGUUCUCCCUCGCGACCCUCAUCCCUUGCUAACCUCGUUCACAGGACCCCUGAUGAUCGCUUCUCCGGCAAUGGCGGACUCUCUCUUCGACGAGUCUCGUCGAUCAAGAGAGUACUGCAAUUUCAGGAAAGAUACAAUGACACGGAAGCCGAGGACGAAUGGUACGGGAAGCGACUCUGGGUCAUGCAGGGCGAAAAGGUAGCCCACGGCAAAAAGGGUGUUCUGGCAGUAGAAGAUGUCUACAUGGAGAAGCCCAUGGGUUACCACGUGAAGGAUGGCGGCCAGGGAAUUUCCGACAAGGUGUGGAAGAAUCCCACGCAACGGAAGAAGAUUUUCAACUACUGCCCUGAGCUCAGCUUGAUCAUGGAUAUGAAGUUGGAGCGCGAGCGCUGCGAGGGCGACAACAAAGAAGGCAGCAUCGGCCCAACGGACGAAGAGAAAGAAAAAGCCGCUGAAGAGGCCAAGAAGCAAGCCGAAGAAGCUGCCAAGAAGCAGGAAGAAGAGGAAGAGCGCCGGAAAAAGGAAGGUGAAGAAGAGAAGCAAAGACAAGCCGAAGAGGAGCGCAAGAAAGCUGAGCAGGGCGCAGGAGUCACCAAGGCAGAUAUCGAUGAGCUCCUCAGCGAAGACGACAUGCUCAAACUCGACUACGGUGCUGGCGGCAGUGGCGCCUCAGGGUCCAGCUCAGCAAAUGCCGAUGAUGCCGACGCAAAGGCCAAGGAGAUGGCUGCUGCAGCCCAGGCAAAGGCCGCCGAGAAGGCUCAGAACGCCUAAGCCUGAUGGUCGACCGAUGAGAAGAUUGGUGUACACCACCAAAUGCGUGUCCGGGUCCCUAACGGGUCUCGGCAACCUGAACUGACAAUCAACUCUCGGCUCUCGGCGUGCCGAGCCUCAUACUUUGAGGACGUUGAGCAUCUAGUUCGGUACGAUAACAAACAACGCUGGGAAGAAGGCGUUCAAGCUGUUGUGGCGAAGAGCGAGUUGAAGGCAAAGUCCAUGGCCAGAUGAACGGAAGACAGCCCGUAUCGUAGGGUUGUGGCGCUUGGCGAUGACCGAGAAUACCGCAAACAGCCAUGCGGAGAAGACCUACUCGCCUUUUCCAGCGACGUCACUUGUAAGAACAACGAAUGGUCCGAUAAUGGAUUUGAGAGGUAUACCAAUUCCGGAGAGGGAGGGGUGUGGCGUCGGGGCGUACUGGAGUUAUGAACAGCCCAACCUUAUCCAACAAAGUCGCAGCCGGAAUGUCGGCACGUCAGUCAGCGCAGAUCAUGAAGCUGAUAUGGAAUGCUGUUGGGCACAAGACAGCAAUCAAAUGACAUUUCAUUAGCAC